UUGUUACAAUAUUAUUUAUGUAAUUUGUUAUACAAAUUUCUGCAACCAGGAAUAUCUAUUUAAAGAUGAGCGAUAGUAAGAAAAAAUCACUUUUGUUUUGAAGUCGUUAUCCAUCAGUCCACAGUGAAUCAUGAUUAAGAUAGUUCUUUUCGGUCUUUUGGCUGUCGGCGCCAUGGCUCAAUUCCCUGGAUUAAUGGGAGGAUUUGGUGGGCAGCUCCCAAGUGGUGCCAUGGACAUGCUCAAAGACCUUAAACCAGCCGACAUCAAAAACGCCAUCAAACACAUGUCACCAGAAAUGAGAGACAUGGCUAGAAGUAUGGGAAUCACCGAAGACCAAAUAAAGAACGCCGUCAAAAAUAUGCCAGAGGAUUUCGACGUGUCUUCCAUGGUUUCCGGUCUGUCUGGUAAAAUGGCCGACAACAAGGACGCAAUGAAGGACAUGAUGAUGAAAGAAAUGGGCGAAAUGAAAGAACAAAUGAAAGAGGAAUCUGUUAAAGAUUUCAAAAAUGAGAUGGACAACUUUGGAUUUGAUUUGAGUCAAGGUGCUUCCGGGUUAAGAGGUCAAAUGUUACCCAAAAUAACUGAAAUGAUGGGAGAGAAUCUAAGAUACGAGGGUAUUGAUACUAAUGAUCAUGAAGCUCUCCGUAAAAACGUCCAUGUUGAGAUCAGAAUGAUGAUUGGAGCAAAAGACGAUGCAUCCAACGAUGAAGUUAGAAGAAUGCUCAAAGAAAAAAUCAUGGAAGAAAUGAAACAAGAAGGAGUUGAAUUCAACAAAGAAAAGGCACAGGGAGAAUUCAAGAAAGCAAUGAUGGAAGAAUUGAAAGAUAUGGGAAUGGAUGCCAAAGACGAUAUUGACUCAAGCUCUUUGAAAGACAUGUUGAGGACCGCCAUGAAAUCCGGUAAAAUGGGAAAUACCCAAGGUAUGAUGCAGCAGUUCCUCCCAAUGAUGAUGAACCUCGAUAUCAAAAUUGAUGCUUGAACAUUUUAAUUGUUAUUUUCAAUAACAUUUCACAAUAGUAAAUUGUACAAAAUAAUACUUGUUAUUAUCAGUAGUCUUUUUGCAUUAAAUACAUGAUUACAUGACAGAA